AUGAGAGAGUAUGAUGACUUUACUGUCCCAAAUGCCAAACAAAUAAUAAAGCAGAAAGCUUUACGCCUUCAGGAUGUUGAACUUCUGGACCGCUUUGAGGCGUCAAACCAAACCGAGUUGAAGACCACGUUCGGUCCUCUGAGCGACAAAGAUCGAAUCUUCACUAACUUAUACGGCCGACACGACUGGAGGCUGAAAGGGGCUCUGAGGCGAGGGAACUGGUACAAGACCAAGGAGAUCCUCCUCAAGGGACACGACUGGCUCAUCAAUGAGGUCAAGACGUCCGGCCUGAGGGGCCGAGGAGGGGCUGGCUUCCCCAGCGGCAUGAAGUGGAGCUUCAUGAACAAACCUGGUGAUGGCAGGCCAAAGUACUCGGUGGUGAAUGCAGACGAGGGCGAGCCGGGUACGUGUAAAGACCGCGAGAUCUUGCGUCACGACCCGCACAAGUUGCUGGAGGGCUGUCUGCUGGGCGGGAGAGCCAUGGGCGCCCGUGCCGCGUACAUCUACAUCAGAGGGGAGUUCUCCAACGAGUCCUCCAAUGUGCAGGUGGCCAUCAACGAGGCCUACAAAGCGGGGCUGAUCGGAAAGGACGCGUGUGGUUCUGGGUACGACUUCGACGUGUUUGUGAUGCGGGGGGCCGGCGCUUACAUCUGCGGAGAAGAGACGGCCCUCAUCGAAUCGCUGGAGGGCAAACGGGGAAAGCCCAGACUCAAGCCUCCUUUUCCCGCAGACGUAGGGGUGUUCGGGUGCCCGACGACCGUUUCCAACGUGGAGACGAUUGCUGUGGCACCUGACAUCUGCCGCAGGGGCGGAGCUUGGUUCGCUAGCUUUGGCAGGGAGAGGAACGCCGGAACCAAGUUGUUCAACAUCUCUGGUCACGUGAACACACCGUGCACCGUGGAGGAAGAGAUGUCCAUCCCCCUCAGGGAACUGAUAGAGAGGCACGCAGGAGGAGUGAGGGGUGGCUGGGAGAAUCUAUUAGGGGUGAUCCCCGGGGGGUCGUCCACUCCCAUCAUCCCAGGACUUGAUAAUAUAAAUGCUUGGGGUAGACUGGAUGAACGCAAUGAUGUGGAGAUUUGUAAAAGGAGAGGCAGCAAUUUCCGAGAUCGACAUGAUUUGGGAGCUGAGCAAACAGAUAGGACAUACCAUCUGUGCUCUAGGGGAUGGAACUGCUUGGCCCGUGCAGGGACUCAUACGCCAUUUCCGUCCAGACAUGGAGGCUCGCAUCGCUCAGUAUAACAACAAAAACACUCCAAGGCAGACAGAGAUCAUCUGAAAUCAAAUACAGUGAUAACUUCGGAGUUGAGGAAAGUUUGGUUUAGUUCAUGUCUUUCAUUUAUUUAUUUAUUUAUUUUUUAAAGUUUAGUUUAUGGAAGCAGACAAAGUCAAAAUCAUCAAUACAAAAUUGGCACACUCGCAAGAAGGUGCUGUAGGCCACAACUCCCGUGCAGACGCUCAUGUCGGACUAACCUGCCAACCCAACUCCAUCUACUGAUGUCACUCACCAGGUUACGCCCUUAAAAGCACACAUUCAUCAUACAAGUACGAUAGUAUGUAGAGUAAUUACACCAUAUAAAACUAGUUUUUCUUUUCCUUCUAUUUUAGGUUUUUACACAGUACAGUGCUAUUUCUCUUCAUUAGAAACAUAACUUUUUUUGAGGGGCUGGACCAGAUUAAUGGCAUAAAAUUCAUUUCAAAGGGUAAAAUUGAUUUGAUAUAGAGUAAAUUAAGUUAGAAGCUUGGUCAAGACACAUGAAACUUUAAUACAAAAAUAAACGAGUACUUCAAUCCUAUAUAGAUUGAUUGAGGCUUGGUUUGUUACGACAAAUUAGACCUGGAACCAGUGCAAAAGGAUCGGUUUACAUCAGUCUUUUUCCAUCCAAUACAAAAAACAAAAGUAAAUACGGUUUUAUUGAACAGGAACACAAAGAAAACAACCGAUGCAAUUUAUGCCGCUUUAUUUCCCAAAAAGCAACAGUGAAAUUAUAUUUUACUACACAUUAGUCCAAUACAAUCGUCACACACACAAAAAAGGUUUCUCCAGGAAAUGAGGGUUAAGAAAGGACAAUAUUGAUUAAAUUCAAGCUGAUCAUCGAUGUUUAUUUUGUUUUCACAAAGACAAUAUAUUCCGAUAUCCACUUUUUUUUUUCCCUUCAAAAAUCAAUUUGCCAUUGCUAAUGUGACAAUUUAAACAUCCACCACAUUGCAGCG